AUGUUCACCAUCACCUUGUGGCUCGCAGAGAACCUCGGCACGCCCCAGGAGCGCAUGUUCAAGGUCGUUUCCGAGGUGGUUGAGGAGCUCGUGCGUGCUCAUGACAACAAACAUGAUAUCAAUCUCAACGCACUCAAGCAGCGCGUUGCUUCAAAGUACAAACUUCAUUCCCAACCGCGCUUGGUUGAUAUCAUUGCCGCCGUUCCCGCGCAGUACAAAAAGAUUGCCGUGGUCGCGGUCAUGUGCAAGCCUCAUCGCUGCCCCCACAUUGCCAUGACCGGCAACAUCUGCGUCUACUGCCCCGGUGGUCCUGACAGCGACUUUGAAUACUCAACUCAGUCCUACACCGGCUACGAGCCGACCUCGAUGCGUGCCAUUCGCGCCCGCUACAACCCCUACCUGCAGACACGCCAUCGUGUCGAGCAGCUCAAGUCACUCGGUCAUAGCGUCGACAAGGUUGAGUUUAUCGUGAUGGGCGGUACCUUUAUGGCGCUGGAUGCUGAGUAUCGCGACUACUUUAUCCGCAAUCUCCACGAUGCGCUUUCCGGCCAUACCAGCAACAAUGUCAAGGAGGCCGUCGAGUACUCGGAACGUAGCCGCACCAAGUGCAUUGGAAUCACCAUCGAGACACGACCCGACUACUGCCUACGCCCCCACCUCAACAGCAUGCUCGAAUACGGCUGCACUCGCCUUGAAAUUGGCGUUCAGAGUGUAUUCGAAGAUGUUGCUCGCGACACAAAUCGUGGCCACACAGUCAAGGCAGUUAGCGAGUCCUUCCAUGGAGCCAAGGAUACGGGCUUCAAGGUCGUGGCACACAUGAUGCCUGAUCUGCCCAACAUGGGUCUCGAGCGCGAUGUUGCACAAUUUGUCGAGUUUUUUGAGAACCCCGCCUUCCGUGCCGACGGUUUGAAGCUCUAUCCCACCCUUGUUAUUCGCGGCACGGGCCUGUAUGAGCUUUGGAAGACGGGUCGCUACAAAUCCUACCCUCCAUCUGUCCUCGUGGACUUGGUGGCCCAGAUUCUUGCUCUUGUCCCGCCGUGGACGCGCGUGUACCGUGUUCAGCGAGAUAUUCCCAUGCCUCUGGUGUCCUCUGGCGUCGAGCACGGCAACCUGCGCGAGCAUGCUCUGGCGCGCAUGCAGGAGCUGGGCACCAAGUGCCGUGACGUGCGCACGCGUGAAGUGGGCAUCCAGGAGAUCCAUCACCGCGUGCGUCCCUUUGAGGUUGAACUCAUCCGUCGUGAUUACUACGCCAAUGGUGGUUGGGAAACAUUUUUGGCGUACGAGGAUCCAGAGCAAGACAUUUUGAUUGGUUUGCUGCGCUUGCGCAAAUGCUCUGACCAAACCUAUCGUCCCGAGCUCAAGGAUGGAUGCUCGAUUGUACGUGAGCUGCACGUGUACGGCUCGGUUGUGCCGGUGCAAUCGCGAGAUCCCGGCAAAUUCCAGCAUCAAGGGUUUGGUACCCUGUUGAUGGAGGAGGCUGCGCGCAUCGCCAAGAGUGAACAUGGCAGCCGCAAAUUGGCUGUCAUCUCGGGCGUGGGCACCCGUGACUACUAUCGCAAGCUCGGCUAUGAGCUGGAAGGCCCUUACAUGGUCAAAUCUCUGGAGGACGAGCUAGUCUUGGAUGAAAUGAUUGAUGCCGAUCUUUUGGAUGCUUAG